CGAUCUCAUCUCAUCUCCCCCAAAUCAAAGUAAACCCUAAUUGUCUGUUCCUUUCCCUCUCUCUCUCUCGAAGGGGAUCUUUGCUUUACUUACUUUCUCGUGAAUCUCUCUCUGCAUCUCUGUGGAUUCGUCGAAGAGAGACGACAUAGAUCCGGUAUGGCGAGUGAUAACACGGGCGCGAAAUCGAGCUCAUCCUCUGCGGAUUCGUACGUAGGGAGCUUGAUUAGUUUGACUUCGAAGAGCGAGAUCAGAUACGAAGGCAUCCUUUACAACAUCAACACCGAUGAAUCCAGUAUCGGUCUUCAAAACGUCCGAUCGUUUGGAACUGAAGGAAGGAAAAAAGAUGGUCCUCAAGUUCCUCCUAGUGACAAAGUUUAUGAGUACAUAUUGUUCCGUGGUACUGAUAUCAAGGAUUUGCAAGUCAAAGCUUCUCCUCCAGCACAGCCUCCAGCUCCACCUACUCUGAACAAUGACCCUGCUAUCAUUCAGUCUCACUACCCUAGCCCCAUCCCAACAUCCAGUAGCCUGCCUCCUACCGUGAGCAAUUCACUGUCUGACACUAGUUCUCAUAUCGGCCAACCUGGGCAGCCUGGGAUGGGAUUCCAAAACUCGAUGCCUUUGUAUCAGCCUGGUGGAAAUCUUGCUCCUUGGGGAGCCUCUCCUCAACAACCACCUAUGUAUUGGCCAGGAUACUACACCCCACCUCCCAAUGGCCUUCCCCAAUUGCAUCAACAGUCUUUGAUUCGACCUCCUCAUGGGCUCCCUAUGCCCGGUUCCCUGCCGCAACCUAUUCCAUAUCCUAACUUUAAUGCCCCUCCACCUACUGCUGGCUCAUCAAAUUUGCAGGGUUCAAGCUUGCCGGAACCACCCUCCUCACUGUUUCCUUAUAGUAGCAGUUCUCAAACUCUAGCACCCAGUUCCUUGCCUUAUGCUGGUCUACCUAUGACACUGUCUUCAGGCCUGCAAUCAACACUGCAGUCAGCACCAUCUCCUUCCCUAGCUUCAGAGAUGGCACCUCCUUUGUUUUCGAACAAAGCUCCUAUUGCUGUACCUCCUACCCUACCUCAGGAUACUAACUUGCUUCCCUUUUCUCUACCAACUACUAGAGCCACUGAUUCAAGUGCUGCUGGCUUUCCACUGUCUAACAAGUCUGGUGUAGUUACUGAUCCUAUUUCUGUGCCACAGACAACACCAUUAGCACCUGCUCCUGAUUCUGGAGUUUCUAGUUCGAUUAGCCAAGAUAAGCCAAAACCUUUGCUGGUUACUCCUGGCCAACUACUGCAGUCUGGAUCUGCUUCUGUCUCUUUGUCCCCACCCUCUAACAACGCAGAUAAAGAUUCUGAGGUGGUUCAAGUAUCAUCGUCAGCUGCGUUGGAACAAUCUGUUCCCGUCACAUCAGAAGCUCAACCUCCAAUACUGCCAUUGCCUUCCUCAAGGCCAACUCAGAAGCCAAACGGACACUCCUACCCAACUCAUAAUGGUUACAGGGGACGUGGGAGAGGAAGAGGAAGAGGAGCAGGGCGAUCACACCAGGUAAUGAAGUUCACUGAAGAUUUUGAUUUCACAGCAAUGAAUGAAAAGUUCAAUAAGGAUGAAGUAUGGGGUCAUCUUGGAAAGAGCACCAAUGGUGAUGGUGAUGAUGAUUUCUCGAUCGUAGAUGAACCUGAGGUGCCUAAAGUCGAGGUCAAACCUGUUUACAACAAAGACGACUUUUUCGAUAGCCUCUCGUCAAAUUCCGGUGACAGAGAUUCCCAAAAUGCAAGGCCUAGGUUCUCAGAGCUACGCAAACUAGAUACUGAGACAUUUGGUGAAUUCUCAAGAUUCAGAGGAGGCCGAGGAGGGCGUGGUGGUUAUGGUCGAAACGGUCAUUCCCGUGGUGGUUAUGGUGGUCGUGGCUAUGGCGGCUAUAAUGGGCGUGGCGGUGGUGGAGGCUACGGGUAUGGUGGUCGUGGCCAAGGGAGAGGCGUGUGAAAUCGUACAUCCCUAAAAGUUGUGCAAAAAGGAUUUCUAAAAGACUCGGGAAUCCGAUGGAGCUCAUCAUACUUUUGAGUGCUUUUGGUAUGUUGCAAUAAAACAAACACUUAAAAAGAGUCUUUAUGUAUUACUUUUGUUGUUAGAGAAACCCCACCUGUGUGGUUUUCGAGUGUAUCAAUUUGAUUUGCGAUCUUUUGUUAUAAGACUUUCAGUAUUCACUGACAUUUCCUUUGGUUUCUUUAUAAUACCGUCUUUCAGUAUUCAAUGACAUUUCCUUUUGUUUCUUUAUAA